AUUAAUUUAACUAACCCAUGUCGGCUGUCAGCAGUAAAAAUGUUAGUAUCCCGCCAUCCUGCAGGCAAGGAAAGGAAUCACUGCCUGGCCUCGUGGCUCAGCAUCGGCCCCCUCGCGCGUAUGUGUGACCGCUGCAAGGUGAUCCGCCACGCUGCAGCUCGUCCUUUGCCCUACUCCUCGACAAAGCCCAAUUUCUGGAAAGAGCUUGGGGGCCGGAUUUCUCGAUCGGAAACGUGAAGACUUUAAUAUGGACAUGGAUUCCUUUAACCUUUCUUUAUUCUUCCUUCCCCUCAUGCCCCUUGCCAGGCAGCUUUUCUGAAGCUUGGGAGCCAAUAACUGUUACCGAGUCCCUCAAUCCUCAAUGUCUCGUCCUCACGGAUCCCUGGACGAAAAGACCUCCCUUAAUCCUCGACACAAACCAUGUUGACCCUCAGAGAUGCUGUUGAUAAGUGCACGGGGCUUUCCGGUGAUGGAAAAGACAUUGCCAUCACCUUGGCUUUCUGUCUCUUUCUAGUGACCAUGACCAUGGGACUUCGAUUUUACACGUUGGUUAUGCGAAGGCAGAGCUUCCAAGCAUCGGACUAUCUAGCACUUCUAUCUCUGAUUUUAUACUACUCUAGCGCGGUGACGGUCUUUCUGGCUUUGACCAUCGGCCACAUUGGCUAUCGGACAUCGGAAACGCCAGCCUGGCGGCUCAGCAUCGCCUUCAAGUGCAUCUAUUAUAUUCGACUGGCAUACCUCAUAGGGCUAGGCCUGGUGAAAUGCAGUCUCUUGCAAGCCCUUCAGAAGACCUUCAUCAGUCCCCCCAGCCAUUUUCGAUUCGCCGUGUGGACGACGAUGGUAAUAUGUGCCUGUUGGAGCCUGUCAGGGUUUCUUCUCGCAUUUCUGGCCUGCCAUCCAUUCAAAUACAAUUGGACCCCGAAUCUUGGAGAAGGACACUGCGUGAAUCAAAGCCACGUCUUACUGGGUCUUGGUAUCAUCGAUUCUGUGACGAGUUUCGCCAUCAUGGUUCUGCCACUACCGUACCUGCUAAGAACCAACCCGACGCGGCCUCAGAAGCUGGCAACUGCUGGCGUCUAUGGAAUUGGAGUUUUGUACGUAUAUCCUGGGCUGUACAAUGAAAGCGUGUCAGACGCAACAUUUCUAAUCGAGGAACUGAUUAGUGCUGUUGCCAUUGCCAUUUUACUGACCGUGGCUCUUUCGAAAACCGACCUGGGCAAUUUCAACGAGGCAGGCAAAAUGGUUGUGGUCUGGUUCACUGUUGAGUGGACAGCAGCAAUCAUCGUGGCCAAUACAUGUGUCCUAGCACCAGUGUUUGCCUGCUUGGGUCUUUGCCAGUCUCUGCGUUCUGGCGCGAACACUUCGCUCAGUCACCCCAAGGACGGUUCUUAUUUGCUGGGGUCGAUGCGGACUCUGACUACAGGCGGUAGUAGCGCACCACUAAAGCCGAAAGCCACGCUGGCAGAGACAGGCUCGAUUCAGUCGUCGCGAUCGAUGAUGAGAGGACUUGGGUUUUGCUGGACGGAGGCCACAGGACAAGCACAGCAACCAGGCUCCGUCCUUGCCUUAGAGCCAGGAGAGGUGCGCGUGCAGACAGGAUGGUCUGUUGAAAGGUCACCGGCCAAGACAGAAACUACUGCAACAACAACGAUAGGGACCUAGACACACAGGGCUCCGAAUCAAUGAAGUCAUGAUCGUCAUUUUCUAGUGAAUUCCGACACUUGUGCUACUAGCGUGUAGAAUGUAAAACUGUGUGGGGGGGGGGACUGGCGC